AGCCGUUGCCAGCACAGAGCUUGCGUCUGUCCGUGCGCGCACUUCAUUUCUUGUGUGAAGCUGCUUCUCUCCCCCUCUCUCAAGGCAGACAGCACGCCCGAGAAAUCAGACUAAUUUUGUGUAAGCAUGGCUGAGCAGUACCAAGACUCAGAUGGGAUCAAUGUCCCUAGUGAGAAUCAGGCUUAUGAAAUGAACUCCAAGGUAGCUGGAAUAGCAGGCAUCCCUGUACAGACAGGCUACUUUCAGCAGGAUGAGGACCAUACUGCUGAUGAAGAUGUCAGGGAGAAUGGAGUGGAAGAACUGGAAUCUAUGCAUCUUGGAGCAGUUGAUGGACCAAUGAAAGGUCAUUUUCACGAGAGAUUUGCUGAUGAAGCCUCAGAUGAAGCUCUUUCAGAAUCUUCUGAUAUAAAGAAUACCCCCUCAAUGGAAGAUACUACUGCAUCGCUAGUGGAAGAAGGGCUGAGUGAAAGCCAGUUCACAGAGAGCCACCAUGAGCAGCCACUGGAAGAAACAACAGACAGAGAUAUAAUUGAUGCCACUCCCAAAAUUGAUGACCAGGCUGUAGGAAACUUUACUCCAGAAUCAGCUGCUGGGAAGGGUCAUGUCAAAGACCAGAAUGCUGUUAUCUCUGCUGAAAUGAAGAUAGAGACACCAUCACCAUUGCCUGCCAAAACCAUGAAAGGUAGACCCUCAACCACCCCUAAACGACCCUCCUCAGUUUCUUCCACUCCAACCACUACACCAAAACAGUCCUCUUCAAGUCGUCCUGGUAGUACAGGAGCCAAACUAAAGGCUGCAGAGGUGAAAAUUGCAACUCCAAGAUCAGCAACAACUUCCAGUCCACGAGCACCAGCAACAAAAAUCCCAGCAAAAACUACACCCAGCGCUGCAGUUCAUAGAGGCUCCCCUGCAGCAGCUGCCAAGAAAGAGCAGAGGACAUCUCACAGUGUCACGAAAUCUGAAAGAGCUGAAUCUCCAAAACCUAGUGACAGAAGUGGCCAGAGCAGUCCUAGUACCCCAGGAACACCAGCAAGCCGGUCACGGACAUCUUCCCAACAAACACCUCCUCCUGGUAAAGAGGUGAAGAAGGUGGCAGUGGUACGUACUCCACCAAAAUCACCAGCUUCAGUGAAAAGCCGCACACCACCACUUGCACAUGCUAUGCCAGAUCUGAAAAAUGUGAAAUCCAAAAUUGGCUCUAUAGAUAACAUUAGACAUCAGCCAGGAGGAGGAAAGGUGCAGAUUGUUCACAAGCCAGUUAACCUAAGUCGUGUGACAGCCAAAUGUGGCUCUAUGGAUAACAUUCAUCAUAAGCCAGGUGGUGGCAUUGUGGAAGUUAAAUCAGAAAAACUGGAUUUCAAGGAGAAAGCACAGUCAAAGAUUGGCUCUAUGGGCAAUGUUGGCCAUGUUCCAGGUGGAGGACAGAAAAAGAUUGAGUCUCAUAAACUAACCUUCCGUGAACAGGCCAAAGCCAGGACUGACCAUGGAGCUGAGAUUGUCUACAGAUCCCCAACUGCAUCUGCUGAUGUUUCCCCACGUCGUCUUAGCAAUGUCUCAUCUAGUGGCAGCAUCAACAUGAUGGAGUCACCACAGCUGUCCACACUAGCUGAUCAAGUGGCUGCUUCUCUGGCCAAUCAGGGCUUGUGAUCCUGUUUCGACAGUGUCUUACAAAGAUCACCUUACUUUAUUCCUUUUACAGCUGCUCCAUGCAGUUUUCCUGACUCGUCAUUUACUUGACAUGCUGUUACAGUUCUGUCAGAGAAGACUGUAGGGCAUAAAAUUCAGUGAAGGAUUUAUACAAGUUCAGGCCUUUAAUGGUCUAUUCUGGUUCCCACUACAUUUCCCCUUUUUGCUAAUUAAGAUCUGACUUGCUAAGUUGCUUAUUGGAGAAUGCGCUAGACUGUAUAAAGAAGUAAAGUUUAAGGCUAUGACUCUGCUUAGCUAUUCUAUCAACUGACAGAAUAUUGUUCAAAAGCAUAAUGUGUAUUUUGGUUUGUAGUUUGACCUUUUGCCUAAUAGCUCUGUUUGCCUUCAGUGCCUGUCCCUUUAUUUAACAAGUCCUGCUGUUUCUGGUAAAUAGUGUUUUAUACACUUUAACUGUAUUAUGAUGAUAAGGGUAUAUAUAUAAUUCCUAAUCAGUUAAGACAUUUCUGGCGGUGUACCCAGGAGAUGGAAGUAAUGAAGAUUACCUAUAAUCUGUCAUGGGUGUGAUUCCCACAAGACCCAUUUUUGUAGUGUGUCAUGUUUCUGUUUACAAAGUCAGUUAGCCAUGAUUUUCCAGGUUGCCCAUAAAAGCCGGAAUUUAUUCCUUCUUGUACCUUUCUACCAAAAGUAUAGCUGAAAGAGAAAAUGUAGUCUAACCCCUCCUGAGCCCCAUCCUGAACUGAAUUUCAUGUCCUGAAUUAAGCCUGGUUUCCUAUACUUUACUACAAAAGGUGGUCAGAAAGGGUGUGCAGUAACUGUUUUUAAAGGCACCAUUUUUUUCUCACCAUUUGUUUUUAUUUACAUAAUUGUGAUAGUUAUUAUGUAGUCGUUAAUCUUAAAUGAGUAAUCAAAUUCUUUGCUAUCUUGACUCAUUAUUAUGCAUUGGAGGAAAUGACUUGUCCUGCAGUGUUGUCCAGGGCCCUUCAAAAUAUUUUUUUUUUUUUUUUUUUUUUUUUGGAGUUUUAAAAUAGGAUCUAAAAAUGUAUGUUUUAAGAAUAUCAGUAUACGACAUGGUAAGUAGCUUCAGCUGGUAGCCUAAAGCCAUUGUGAACAAUUUUAAAUAAAACAGGAUACACUGAAUAUGUCGGAGUGCAUGAUCUGGUUCGACGGGACUGCUGGGUGAUGUGAAGCUGAAAGCUGCUCUUCUGCAUUUGUCAGAAGCACUGUAAUAUAUGUGCCAUUUUUAAUGUUUUCUGGGGUGUGAUUUUUAAAUACAGCUGUGGUCCAUUGAAAAUGUAGUAUCAUGCUGUCUUUUUUAAAUACUAAAUGUAUGCCCCUCAUCAAAUGGAGGACUGGCAUUAAUUAGUUGUAGAUAGUUUGUUCUGCUGUUUUUAUAUCCCUUAAGUAUUAAGAAGUUAUAUACUAGUUUCAGCAGCCUUGUGCUCCAUACUUGGCAAGCUUCUAGAUGGUCCCUAAUUAUUCCUAAUCUUUGUAGUAAUGCUUUCAGUGAGCAGUUUGGUCACAGUUCUGUGAUGCCUGCCUGCCAUGAGAUGUACAGCUUCUCCACGAGAGUGUCGUUUAUAAAAACAAACAACAUUGAGUUUUGCUUCUUCAUAUCCCAGGCAUACGGGUUCUGUACCAGUGUUUGUGGUGCUAUGGCUCAAUUUCAACAACAGAGAGGUUUGAUUAACACUUCUGCAACCUGUUCUCUAAGCACUGACAAAUGUGCCAUAUAUUUGCGGCUUUAUGCUGCAUAAUGGCUUAGCAGCAAAGUAUAAAUUGUCUAGAAUAUGGUUGUGUAGAUGCUGUUACCUAGCAUUUCUGUUUUCAAUGGUUCGAACUCAGUUGCCCAGGGAUGGAUGCUAAAACCAUUAUACUGAAAUGCCUUUUAAUAGUUUCACGUUGCAGUAUGCCUUUUCAAGUGUUGUUCAUUUCCCUACAAGGAGUCUUACUUUUUUUUCCAGGCAUCUACAUUAAUUAGGUCAUAAGACAAGAAAUGUGAGAGAUUGUUUUAAUUACUGAAUGCACUCAUUGUUUGGUUCCAUCAUCAGGAAGUUACCUUAGUUACCAUAUUAGAAGACAGCAUAGCAUAUCUGAAUUCACAUGCACAUUGCACUUUUUCUUUGCAUUUUCCCUCAUGUUUGUUUUUGAUCCUUAGUGCUGGGGAACUUCUGGCCUAUAUAUCAGUAGAUAAAGUUAGGUUAUUUAACAGUGGAGCUGUUUUAUAUACAGGUUUAAACAAGGGCAGAACAAGGGACAUCCAGGUUGAUUGGCGGCUUUCCUUAAACCAGAGCCAGAGGUGUGAUUUGCUAUGCUGUUUUAGUUAUUCCAGAAUGGAAUAAAAUGUUAUGGCCCUAAAAGCAAGUAAGGAAAUUUAGGGUAGUUUGGCCAAUGUAGUAAAGGUGAUAAGAAAGCUUAGUUGUGGUACUUUUCCCUUAGUUGCCCAGUGGGUUGCAGGUUGCAACUAGUACACAAAAAAUAAUUUUAUCUAUUUAUUUAUUUUGAUAACUGGAUUAAUCCCACUGAGCCACAGACUCGUUUACAGGGAAGCCCUGGUGUGACAAACACCACUGUGCAAACCUAGAAGCAGUUUUAUUACAGUUGCCAUCCAAGUCAUUGUAUUACUUCUCAGUACCACUGUUCUGUCCUGGCCAGCAUAUACUCUUUCUUUCUAUGAAAAUAGUCAAACAUGUCAUUUGAGGGUAUACCACAUCAUUUUAGCAAUCAGGUGUUUCAUAUAUUAAAAAACAGGUUAGAUUUUAAUAAUUGAAUCUCCCUGUUUUGUUUUGUUCUUGCUCUUGAGGGUUUAAAUAGAGUAUAUACUUUAAUGCAGGUUGUUUUCCGCCCAAUGAUUAAAUAUAUGUUAUGUAAAAGUUAAGUUUAAAUAUUUAUUUGCAUACCCUAGUACAGUACAAUUGGAUUUGUUUGCAUAUGCUUGGAAACACCAGGGUGUCAAUGUAAAAAGUGAAUGCUGCUUGCAUGUCUUGUUUUAUAAAUAUUUGUUUUACUGAAUCAUGUACUGCUACCCUUUUAUGGUUCGCAAGUAUUUCACUGGUGAGCUAGAAUUCAUAUUUGCCUGUUUUUGAAACUGUAUUUUAAGUGUGCAGCGCAGCGGAGCUGGACUCUGAACAUACCCACUGCAGAGUUUGGUUUAAAUGUGGUAGCUGUAGAAAUGCAGAUUUCCCUGCAGUGGUCUAGAAUGUAGUUGUUUUGUUGCUUUCGUCUUCUGAUAUCAUGGUUAGUUGAAAUAAAAUGCAGAAUGCUGUCAUGUAGCCAGAGUCAAGAAAAUAACAAUGAAAAUAUAUAUGCUGAACUCUAAAUUGUGAAUAUCUUAAUAAUAAAGUUUAGUUGAGUAAAGGUUUGAAAUUGGUGAUGUGAAUGUAGCACACACAUGCAGUUAUAUUGAAUUCUAGCUCCAGUGAUGUUUUUACUUUUACUCAAUUAAAAAUGAAAUUUGGACAGUGGGUACAUCUACAAGAAAAAUAAAUAAGUACUGCAGAACUGAAUUCAAGCGUGCAUAAUAGUUUGUUCAGCUGGUGGAACUUCAGAACUAACAGACUUUGAUGAUGACUCUUUACUGUUCAUUCCCUUGUCAACUUCUGAACUGCCUUGCCAACAAAUCCUGCAUGUAUUCCCCUGAUGAAAUCAACUAUCACUUGAGCAUAUACAGAAAUGUCAAUGGAAAUUGUUUUGUUAUGAUGUGAGACUAGUUUGUAGCACUGUAUAUCAAAGAAGUAAAUAUUUCUAAAGUGCUUUUUUCAUUGCUUCAAAUAAAUUGUUUGUGCAGAAUAA